AAUGUACUCCAUAUACUAACUUAAAACUCAUAUUUAAAGAGCAAGCCACUUCUUUCCUGGAAAAUAAGACUGCCAAUACGUUUGUGAAAAUCACGAACAAGUUGGACUCGCCGCUGCUAAAUCAAAAGGGAGCUACUAUUAUCACAGUUCAGGCUGUACUCCAUCACGUCGCCGAUGGCCGGAAUAAUCAUUGCCCGUUACGCCCGUUUGGUUUCCCCUUAUGCCCUUCGUUUCCACCACUCUUUCCAAACCCAAAUCCCAAACACAGUCUCUUCUUUUUCACUACUCUCCACAAUCAGACCAUUUUCCACCACUACCACUACCCCAGAAACGCCCAUUUCCAAUACCCCAACUCCACCUCCUCAAAAGCGCAACACGCUAGUCAAUUUCUCUUUAUCCGACUCAGAUGACUCUGAUUCUGAUGCGGAGACAAAGGAGGUAGCGAAACCACAGAUAGAUAAGUCCAAAUUACCACCACCAUACGACCCAUUUAACAAGAAACCCGUAAUCGACGAACCCCAAGACCCAACAAACUUACAAGAAGUAUUUCAAAACAUACGUUCAGAUGGACUAAUCAACAAUGCAGUUAAGAUGUUCGACGGAUUGUCAAAGGACGGGUUAACCCACGAGGCUUUAGAACUAUUCUCUCAAAUCAAAGACAAGAAUCAAAUGACAGAUGUGGUGGCCCACACAGCGGUUAUCGAGGCAUACGCGAAUGCCAGGCAGCACAAGGAAGCUCAUAAGGUGUACUUAAGGAUGCUUUCAUCGGGGGUGCUUCCGAACGCGUAUACGUAUAGCGUUUUGAUUAAGGCGUUGGCGGAGAGUGGAGAAGAAAAGUUUGUGAAAGAGGCGAAGAAGUAUGUGUUGGAGAUGGUGGAGAAAAGGGGAAUGAAGCCAAAUGCGGGUAUUUGUUUGGCUAGUUUUGAAGGGUUGGUGAAGGCAGGAAUGGAGGAAGAAGGGAAAGAUUUGUUGGAGAUAGUGAAGAGGAAUGGAGCUGUGCCUGAAGAAAGUAAGAUGAAGGAGGCGUUGAAGAAUAAAAGGGGGUUGCUUUAUAGGACUAUAAUGCAGGUUUUCUAUGCCAAAUGAAAGAUGUUUUGUUUUUGUUUGGUUAAUGGCUGUUUGUUGUGUAGAUUAUUGUAGUAGGAAGGUUCUUGGUAUUUGUCAUAUGGAGAUGCAUAGAACUUUGUGCUUAUGGAAAUUUGAUUAUCUAGCUUUUUGGCAAAUUCUAAUGACU